AUGAAGUCAGUACCUGAUCGAAAAAGCAAAUCGACAACACCAAACACGCCGCCAUCGAAGGCAUCUGGAACUCCUAAAGCACCUACAACUCCUAAAUCAACUACAACUCCAAAGGCAUCUGCAACUCCCAAAUCAACUGCAACUCCUAAAACAGUUGGAACUCCCAAAUCAACUGCAACUCCAAAGGCACCUGCAACUCCCAAAACAACUGCAACUCCCAGAACAGUUGGAACUCCUAAAACAGUUGGAACUCCCAAGGCAGCUGCAACAGCAGAAGGGAAAGCAAAAUCACUCAAAUCGGUGGGUGCAACUACUUCCCCAGAGAAGUCUUUUUUGAGUGAGUUGGAAUCCUUAAGCUAUGCAGAACGAUCGAAACGAAGCGUAGAAUUCGGUCGUGCGGCAUUGCAAGAAGGAGAUAAUAGUGAAAAAUGGAAAUUGAUGUUGAAGCUUUCCCAGUCAAAUAUUCCAUAUGAACGUUGGAUUGGUUCUUUUGGGAUUAUACAAAGUGAAUGCAAAACAGAGGUCAAGAGACUUUUGAAGGAUCCUUUUGAUUCUAUUGCUUCUUUGGCUAUGCGACCAGCAGCGAGAAAUUUUUCUGAUUCUGAAAUAUUGAAAUUGUUUGAAGAAUUACCAAAAAAUCGUAUUUCACUCUUCUGUAACCACCUUGAAAAGACAAAACGAUUGUCAAAAGUGGUGGAUGAGUUUUUUGCAUCAUCUCUUGCUAAAGAUGUAGAGGGAAGAACCUUGGCGGUUGUGUUACUUUGUUGGGCCUCAGAGGAGAUAUUGAAUAAACAAUCCACUUCAACUAUGUUCCUCUUGAAAAGAAAUGAGUGGUAUACCUUAUCACGUCGAUAUCCAAAUUUCGUGGUAAAGUUUGUAAAGAAUGAGACUCAAAGUGCGAUGAAUACGACUUUGGGUGUUAAAAACCGUGCACACAUGGUCCUUCACGCACUAAACCGCUAUCAUCCAGAGAUUGGACUUCAACUUCUUACUGAAGUUGCAGGAAAUAUAAAAAUAAGUGCGGCAUGUAUGAUACUUUACGCACGCAAGUAUCCCAAAGAUGUGGCCAACCUCGUUCUUAAACAUAAGAUGCGGGAAGUACUGCGUAGUUGGUCAAUUUUAAAGAAAUUGGAUCCCGAUACGGUCAUUAAACUUCAUGAUGCCGAAUCACUUAAUGAUGAAUGCCUCUCGACGUUUUUUAUCAAUGCACCAGCUGCUGUGCGAUCCAAGCUGUAUGCGGAACGACGAAAUUUAUUAUUAAAUGAGUACGGUGUACUAGAUGUAAUUGUAAUUAAUGGUAUUACAGAUGCUAAAAAGCGUAAAGAAGAGGCUAUGAAGGCACUUAAUGAUGCUAAAGAUUUGCGUCUUGACGAGACUACCUGGAUUUCUUACCUCUCCUUGGUGCCAUUCCCAUUAGCCAUAGAGUUGGGUAAAGCUUAUCUAAAACAUCAAGAUGUACAUCUUCGUGCUGCGGCUUGUGCCGCCGUUGUAAGCAGUGGUCUUUUUUAUCCUGAUCACCUUGAUGAUAUACUUGAGUUUUGUGUUAAGCGUGGAAACGAAAACGAUCUUGUACAACAGGAAAUUAUAUUUCGACUUUCAGAAUUACCUCCUGGUAGGUGGAAGGAAAGUCACUAUGAAAAGCUUGCAAAAAUUCUUUUGCGUCCUUGUGAAGCUAAGGAUACUUCGAGUCAAACUUUAAAUUCUGCCUUGACAUUGAUAUUUCGUACGUCACGUUUUUCCUUUAACUUAAUCGAUACUGUACUUCUUGAAGUUGUGAAGCGCAACGCUGGAAUGUGCAGCAUGGUUCAAUACCAAGUACCAAAGCCUGCAGUGGAACAUAUGUGGUCUUCUCUAUUCCCAUAUAUGACAAAACUUAUCUUGAAAGAAACUGGUCAUACUUUAUCUUCUUUAAUAUUUGGGUUUGAUUCCUCUUUAAAACAUUUGUCGGAAUCUGCAAUACCAUUUCUAAAGUGUAUGUGUGAAUCACCAAAUACAGAAACGGCACGAUGUGGUGUAAAAUAUCUGCUUAAAUGCUUUCAUUCUACGGGUAUAAAACUAAUUCCAGAUAUAUUGGCAAAAAGUGCCGAUUUAAUAUAUAUUCCGAUUGUUCGGAAUACAGUGAGCCGAAGUAUUCAAGGUAAGUUGCUUGAUCGCCUUCUUGUACCAGUAAAGGCUGCUGGACGCUUCUAUUCUUCAUGGGAAGGACCUAUUAUCAUCUUCAAGGAUGGUAAUCUCUGGACGGCGGCAAAACAGCAGACAUACGCAACGACCAUUCUUGAAUAUUUGUCGGAUAAAGAUCAUGAGCAACACCAUGAGCCACAAUUGAUGAAUGCACUGGGAACAUUACACAGUGCGAACGUAACGGAGGCAGUUACACCCUUUGUGGAUGAGAAAUACAGCAACAUAUUCCUGCGAGACAGAGCCAUUGAGCUUCUUGGACGGCAGAAGGAUGAGGCAUCACUCCUCUUGCUUACUUAUGCCCUCGCUGACAGUCGAGCACGUGUGGCGGUAUAUGCUAUUCGACGUCGUCUUGCCGCUCUUUCAUCAUCAGAAGUUAUUAAAGUUCUUGACUCAGCUCUAUAUUCUAACUUGGUGGCUGUGCAAAAGGUGGCUGUUCGCAUUAUUGGCGACCUUGGAGAUGCAAAAGCGUAUGCGGCUUUAACUAAACUACGGCAGUACUCAAAACUACAUGAGGAUGUAGAAAUAGCGUGGAUACACGCCAUGUUUAAAUUUUUGGAAAAACCUGAGAUUUGGGAUAUUUUAAUUGAGCGAGCAAAAUCGGAAGAUGAGGCUGUGGUGAGAUCUAUGACUUCAAUUCCAGAAGAUACUUUGGUGGAAUCAUGGCAGCGGGGGCGUCUCUGCGAACUGUUCGUAUUGUUGCUCUCACGUGAAUAUUCCACUGUUCAACUUUCCGCCCUUGAAAGGCUGUCAGAUCAUCCUUUGGGGUACUAUGAUAUCAACCUGAAAAAUUGUUUAUUACAAUUAUUGCGUUCACAUACAGGGUCAAGAUUUCCUUCCCUAACAAUUCAAGUGGUGUCUUUAACAGACAUUAAUCCCUCUGAUAUUGCCUCAGAACUGGCAACUAUAGAGGAGUGUCGUCUAAAAACUGUUGCAGAUGGAUUAAUUACAUUGAACUGGAAGAAUGAAGAGCGCUUUGAAGAGAUUACAUUUGCAUUUGUAAAGGCGUUAUUUGAAAAACGUGUUCAAAUUGGAGUAGGGUGUCGACUCCUCUGUCAUCUACCAGCAGAACAAAUGGAAACACUCUUGGAAGACGCUUUGAAGAGGCACCUGCUCCACCCUGGCGCUGUAAGUGCUGCUGUUCUCAACAUGAGAUGUGAUGGUGGGAGUCUAGAGGGAAAAAUUGCAUUGGAGGAACGACUUCGGAAUCAUCAAAAUCCAUAUAUGAAACGCAUUGGACUUGCCCUACUCUCUGCUAUUGCGGCAAAGGAUGGUUGGGACGAGAAGCGCGUUGAGGCGUUAAAAGAAUAUCAAAAUGCGGAUGACAUCUGGGUAAGUGAAGAUGCGAAGUCGGUGGAACCCCCCACCACUAUCUAA